CAAUGCGAAUGCCAUUAUUGGGCGCUGCGCAAUGCAAGGCACGGAUGUAGAAGUGGGCCACGCGAGCGGAUGUAUGUGAUCGAGCUCUUGAUCGGCCUGACCCGAAUGAAUUUUCUGGGUCGUUUGAAGUUUCCCCGGCCGACUUGCUCGUCCUCUCCGUCUUCCCCCGCCAGCUCCUCUCGCUGCCGCCCAUCGCUCCUUCGACCCAGUCACUCCCCAGUGCUUGUUUGUCCGCUUUUGCUUGUACCUCAUGGUCGCUUCUCUCGCGCUCGCUGCCGCCGAGGGCCGCCUCGAAGAUGUGCGUGCAAUCCUCGCGCAGGAAUCCCCAGUCGAUCUCGAGGCCAGAGAUGAGGCCGGGAACACGCCGCUUGUCGAGGCAGUCAGAAACGGACAUCUUGAGGUCGUCAGAGCACUCCUGGAAAAAGGCGCCGACCCCUCUGCGUGUGCCGAGCCCGCGCAGCUUACCUCGGACCCAGCCAUCCUGGAGCUGUUAGAGGCCGCGAAAAGCAAGCCGGAGGGCACAGAAGCACCGCAGGUCAACGGCUACCACGCUGAAGCGCCCGGGGAGAUGCCCGCACCGUACUACCCCCCGCCCGUGCCGUACGGCUACUACCCUCCGUACGGGUACCCGCCGGCGCCUCAGCAGAUGCCAGACGGCACGACAGUCUACCCUCCCCCUCCCCCUCCAUUCAUGCCGCCGCCGCCAGGCCCUACAGGCGCGCCCGGAGAGCCGCAGACCUUCCCGGGACAUGGACCGUCCCCGGAGAUCACGAAAACGAUCCCCUGCCGCUUCUUCCCUGCCUGCAGGUACGGCCAGUCGUGCAGGUACUUCCACCCUCCUGCGCCAUACUACCCGCCCAUGUACCCGCAAGGACAGUACCCGCCAGCCUCGUUCGACCCGAUGAAUGGGUCGCCGUACGGCUACUACCCCGUGCCGCCCCCGCAGUUUUCGUCACCCCCGAAUGGUGUCGCGCCGCUAGAGCAGCAGCCACCGACGCCAUUGAGCGCGCAGAUGCCUCCGCCACCUCAGCCGACUGACGGCAUAGCGUCUCCACCAACAGGCCCGCCGGCCUUCAUCCCGGGCGCACCGCCAGCGCAAGGCGUUCCCUACGCGCCUGUGCCAGCUAUGUCGCCGCCGAACGGAUACGCUCAUCCAGGGCCUAUCCCGAUGGCGAUGCCGCCCCCAGUACCUGGUCCGAUGCCCAACGGUGUGCCUCCGCCCGCUAUGUACCCGGUGCCUCAGAUGAAUGGUCAUGCUGAACACGGGGAGGUGCCCGACGCGCCGGCGGCAGCGCCGCCUGUCAAGCCUCAUGGUGAGGGCUACCCGCACCCGCCGCCCUUCCGUGACGGCCACCACCGGCGAGGGAGCAUGCGGCGACCGUCUUUGGCUAGUCGGAAACCGCCGUGCAUGUUCUUCCCUGCGGGACGGUGCAAGAAUGGGGAUGACUGUCGCUUCCCGCACGUACUCCCCGACGGAAGCGGUCCUGGCAUGCACGCGCGUGUAGGGCCUCGUCCGCGCCCGCACAGCUUUGGCAACGGCUUGAAUGGCAUUGAGGAGCGCAUGGGCGCCAUGCAGCUGCGCGAGAACGGUGCUCCCAAUGGAAAUGGACACGUCGACAACCGACGCUUCUCCGGACCGAAGCAAAUGAAUGGCUUUCGCGGGGGCAGGGCGCCCGUGAUGAAGCAACGUCUGCCCAACGCAGACGAGUUCCCCGUCCUCGGCGGUGGUUCACCCAACAGGAGCGCGGGCCCUGCGUCGCCCGCUGCGAACGGUCCCACCGCGGCACAGGUGCUCCAGGCGCCUGCUCCCUUUCGUCCUGCCGCCAAGGACACGCCCAAGACGGCCGAGUCGACCCAGCCGUCGCAGCAGGCGAGCAAGGCGCCCACGGAGACGCAAGGCAGCACCCGCUCGGAUUCACCCGAAAUCAUCUGCAAGCCUCUCCCCAUCUCCUUCGCAGCCGCCGCUGCGGCGCCCGACGCGGCGAAGGAGGUCCAGGUCUCGGCCUAAAAGUACACACUGGAUGCCCGCCGCGCUCGCGUCCCUCGCCCACUGCCUACUAUUUAUUCCAUCUCGGGUUUCUUCUGCGUUGUUUCCCUGUGUUCCAUCACCAUACUACCCCAGUAUGUGUACAUCUGUCUCUCUUUUCUCUACUUACGUGCGGCCUGUCGUGCGGCGUAAUCCUCUUCUUUAUUGCUGCUCUUUUUCUAUCCUUAUCUUCGUUUUGCAUAAUACUCCACAAUCCUCUAUCGUCGUGUAUACUACGCCCUCGCCAGCCGCGCGCAUCGACCGCCCGCCCAUUGUCGUAUACUCACACCCACACACACAUACCGGUCCCGUUCGUGCUGCUGAUCUCGCGCUCGAUGCUACGUAUCGUAUCCUACCCAUGCCCCAUCUCACCGUCUAGCUACUUAUGUCGCUGUCACUGACUGUCU